UGCAGCGGCGGCACGGCCAUGCCAUGCGGGCCUCUGACCUGCGGGCGAGGCAGCGCUUGGAGGAUGAGGCAUUGCCUCCCUGUCUGCCUGCCACACCUUUACUUCUUUCUCUCCCUUCCCCUGCGUGGGUGCGUGCGACUACGACUGCCACUACUGCUUCUUGUCCUGGUUCCUGGUUCCUGAUUGCCGCCUAUAGUUUUUGUCGAUCGAUUAAGAGCCGGGGAGAGACAUCUGUACGACGACACUGACAGCAACCAAGUACCGAGGGCGUCUGACCACGAAAGGCCCAAGUGGGCGUACCUAGGUAGCUCACAUCUCACGCGGCCACAGCAGCAGUAACAACAUUAGCAACCAUGGCAGGCGCCCUCCAAAUAGGAGACAUCUUGAUGCUCUCCCAGCUCGCCUGGAAGCUCGGCCGCGCCUUCACGUCCGGUCGGCACAGCGCACCCGCCGAGUUCCUUGAGGUCGAGACUGAGAUGAACGGGCUAGCGCGCGCGCUGAAGAUGCUAGCAGAGACGCUGUUCGCGGAUUCGGACAGCAUCAUUGCGCGUGCCGAUGCCAACACGCAGUCUGGCGUUGCGACCAUACUGCUCGCGUGCCGCCAGACCCUCCGCGACCUCGAGAGUCUCGUCGAGCACUACCAGGUCAUCACGCGCCACCGCACCAGCAGUGGAUUUAGCGUUGAGCGCUCCUGGAGCGAGCUUGUGCUGUCUAACUUUAAGAAGAUGAUGUGGACAACUGAGGGCGGGAAUAUCCAGGCAUUAAGGAACAUGUUGCAUAUGCACACGAGCACCAUUUCCUUGACCAUGCAAGCACUGCAAAGCAAAUCACUCGCGCAGCUUCAAAGCACCGUUGCGCCCAUGGCCGAAAAGAUCGACGAAAUCCAUGGCCAAGUGACCGGCGAUCUGAGCGACAAGAUUCAGGAAGUCCACAGGAUCAUCGUCUCCAUAGCCGGCCGCAGCCCGGCCCUGCCGGCUAUGGAGAGGAUGUCCCACGGCACCACUACGCCCCUGUGGCCAGUGACGCCUGAGAUCGAGCCAAUACCCGAGCCUUUGCGCAUCGGCAACGGCCCGCUGACGCCGCAGCGCUCGCCCGAAAUCCGGCCUAUCGACUGGGCUCAGACGCAGAAUCACUACAACCGGCGCGAGUCGGAUAUCAGCAAUGCACCGACUGUUUCCGAUACCUCCGACACGCGGCGCUUGAGCGGUGGCUACCCAGCGUCGCGGUCGAGUAUCACCGGCUCCCCGGGCCCAUCUGCCAGGAGGCAAUCACGGUGGCGCGCCGAAGGCAGUGCGGACCUGCCCGCCGUACGCGAUGCCGACGAGGCAGAGGCGCAGCCACCCUCAGCAGUAGACGAACUGCGCGCCUCGUUUAGCUUGCCCAUUCUCCCGCCGCCGGCCAUCCCGCCUGAUCCGGAUCCUGAGCUCGUCGACGGAUUCGGCUCGCCUCUUGAAUGUGGUUCACCGGCGCCCUAUGUGGACAAGAUAGUGCUUGAGCGCUCCGCAACAACUAGAUCCCAGACCGAGGAGUUCGAGCGCGCGGCCUUCCGCAAUUCAGCCAUCUUGUGCGACGUCCGCGGCAAGGCUGUCGACUAUGUCGCCCCGCCGGAGGACGAGACGAGGCCGCUCGAAGUUGAAACGUACAAGGCCAUGGAGGCUUGUCGGAUCUGCGUUGUCCGGAAGCAGGAUGAGCGGCCGGAUGGCUCGAUCCGGAUGAUCACGAGCAUCUGGGCGUUGAGCGACGACCGGGCGGUGAGGCUGCAGCAGAAGCUGGCCGAUGGUGUGGAGAUCAUACCGUAUGUCUCGUUUUUCUCGCCUGAGAAGAUAUCUCUUCCCGUCCUCGCGGAGCUCAAAUUCCACGAUGUGACCUAUGGCUCCAAGCCCCUCAAGGUUGCCAAAACGAGCUGGAUAACGUACGAUUUUGAAGAUGUCAAAAGUGCCACGCUCUUUCAAAACGAGCUCAUGGGUCGGCAGCUUAUUGGCACCUAUCAGACCAACAAGACGCUGCGCAUCCACGAUGGCCUUGCGGGUAUACUCACAUACCAGGAGCAGAUGUGCGGCAUGGAGAAUCUGCGCCUAUGGCGUGACUACGAGACCGGGGGCGUCAUCGCCAUGAUCCACUUUAGCGCGCACUUCCGCAAUGGUUAUCUCGCCUUUUACUUGAACUCGAGCGCUGUGCCCAUCAGAGUCAAAGGGGACGGCGAGAAGGCAGUCAGGAUCAGAGAUCUGAAGAUUCCCCACACGCCCGAGGGACGAAGCGGUAGCGGGCAGCGGAGGCGGGAGUCGGAUGGGGCGGUGGCGGCUUCCAUGGUGUCGCAAGAUGAGGAGAAAGUGAGCGGGAAGAAGUGGAUCACGGGCGCCAAGGUGGAGUUUGCGACGGCGAUCGACAAGAAGCUGUUUCUGGACAAGGUGAAGGAGGUGCAACAGACGAUGAUACUGUUGCCGGAGCUGUGACGGGAACUCCUGAUACUGCAGUGUUUAAGUGUAGCUUGAUGUGCGCUCUUCGAUAAUCUGCGUAAUUAGCGCGCAGGAGGCAAUUGAUUGACAGCGCGUGACCAGUGGGAGUGGUGAGUAUGGAUAUUGUAAGAUAAUCAGAACAUAAUUAUGGGAGCAUGUUAAUGGAAAGAAUACU